AAAGUAAGAAAAGGAAGGUAGAUGAUUUAUUGGAGCAGCCACCACAAGAGUGAAAAUUAUUCCAAAAAAGAUUAGCUUUAUAAUUUAUUGUUUGUCUUUCACUCAUGUGUGUAAUUAUUUUGGUUAUAUAAUUUCAAGUGAAACAUUUCAAGUGAAAAAAAAAUCGUUAUAUAAUUCCAAAAAUCAAAAUACUAAUUCACUCAUUUGAAGAAGAAGAAGAAGAAAUGAAAAAAAAAAAAAGUAAGAAAAGGAAGGUAGAUGAUUUAUUGGAGCAGCCAGCCAAAAGAGUGAAGAAGUGAGUCAGCUGAGCUGCAGAGAACAGAAGAAAAGAAACAAAAGAAAAGCAAUUCAAAAGAAGAAGCUAACACACACCUGACACCACACUCACACAGCUUCCAUAGAAAGUGAACAAGUUAUUUGGUGUUUUCUGAAAUCAAUAUAUCUUUUUUCUUCAAACUUUUGUUCUUUACUUAUCAUCCUCACAUCAUGGCUCGCUUAAUUCUCUUUCUCAUUUUUCUCACCUUCAUUACAUUAUCUUUCCUCUCAGAGGUUCAAUCAGCAUCGUUCAAGAUUGUUAACAGAUGCCGUUACACUAUAUGGCCAGGAUUACUCUCCGGCGCCACCUCGCCGCCGCUACCAACCACCGGAUUCACCCUCAAGAGUGGAAAAUCAAGGACUAUACAAAUCCCGAGAUCUUGGUCAGGUCGGUUAUGGGCAAGGUCUCUCUGCGGCCGAGACUCCGACGGAAAAUUCUCCUGCGUAACCGCCGACUGUGGUUCUGGAAAAGUUUCCUGUGCCGGAGGUGGUGCCAAACCUCCGGCAACAUUGGCGGAGUUCACCUUGAACGGAGCAGACGGGUUGGAUUUCUACGACGUGAGUAUGGUCGACGGUUAUAAUCUUCCGAUGCUGAUCGUGGCUCAAGGAGGGACUAGAGGUGGCUGCAGUGCAACCGGUUGUCUUGUGGAUCUUAACGGCGGUUGUCCGGCAGAUCUUAAGGUGGCGCGUGGUAAUGGGAGUGGUGGAAGUGUUGCUUGUAGAAGCGCGUGUGAAGCUUUUGGGGAUCCUCGUUAUUGUUGUAGUGAGGCGUACUCAACGCCUGACACGUGUGGUCCGUCUGUUUACUCGUUGUUUUUUAAGCAUGCUUGCCCACGCGCAUAUAGCUACGCGUAUGAUGAUAAGACCAGUACCUACACAUGUGCUUCUGCUAACUAUUUGAUAGUGUUUUGUCCUUUACCUUAUACAAGCCAAAAACUGUUGGGAGCAAGGAAAGAUGGGGCACCGCUUCCUCUUGUAAACACAACUAUGAUGUACUUCUCAAAAAAGCAUUCAGGCGGUUCAUCGUCAACAGGUCUGAUCCAAUCGCAGAUUAUAGCUUAUGUUGCAUCUAUCGCUGUGGCAUUUUUCCUGUCUUGCCCACAUAAUUAACACUAUUUAUGGCUAACUUUGUAUGUAUACUUUAGGCAGAAAGUAACACAAACACUAGCCUGUUCUUACUGUAAUCAUGUAUGCUUUCUGUACCAUGUGUAUUCUUGCUAUUUGACAAUGGAUGAAACUUAGGUCAAGUUGUUCAUGCAAUUGUUGAUCAUAUUCCACGCAUUCACGCAGCCAGCACAUUGAUGGUCGUUAGAUCGGGAUUAAAGGGUUCAGAUUUCAAUGCUGAUUUUGAUUCCUUUUAAAAUCUAAAACAUGGACUUGAAAUCUAGACUGUUUGAUCUCGAUCGAAUGGCUAUCAAUGAUGUGCUGAUUGCAUGAAUGUGUGGAAUUGUUGACUACAGUACAGGAAAAAGUGCUUCUACCUAUUUUUAAUGGUGAAUGACCAGCAUGACCUAAGCAACUUGACCUGAGCUUUAUCAUUUGAAAAUGUAAUAUUAAAUGGCUGCUGUGCUGAUUCUACUCAUCAUGCAGGACUUGAAAGAUAGCAUAUAGGAAGCACACUGUAAAUAUUGUUUCUAUGUUGUAUCUUUUUAAUAUACUUCAACUAUCACUAGUUGAACUCUGGCGGUUCUUCAAUUCUGCUUUUUAUCUUUUUAUCAAUGGAGGCAUUAUAAUUUUGUAAGUAUUUUUGUAGUCUAGAUUUUCCUAGUUAUGAUGGAACCUCAAUAUACAGCACAAACAUGAGUUUUAUGGAGUGAUGCUUCGUGCACAAUUUUUGGAUUCAACAUGCUCAAAAUUCAAAUGUAUAUUUGGUACCAUAUUAAAUUUAUAGGAAAAAGCUUUGAUUGA